UUUUCUCUUUCAUUCUUUUUUCUUUUUUCUUUUUUUCUUUUUUCUUCCUAAAAUCACCUCCCUCCCUCCCCGCCGUUUUGUCCUCCAUUCUUUGCUCUCUUAACAACCAAAGCAAACAUUUAUCAGUCUUCCUAAAGGAAACAUAAAAGCCUUUUAAUCUUAAUGCAUACUUUACCCUUUGCUUUCUCAAUGUGAUUUUCUUUUCUUUUUUUAAGAAAACCCUACCAUAUACUGGGUUCUUCUCUCUUUUCUCUUCUGGGUGGGCGACUAUUUCUGUGACUUCCCUUCUCUUUUCUUGUGAAAAGCUUCAAAAAUGAGGAAACCCCAUUUCGGUUUUGGGGUUUUUCUCUUGCUUUUCCCCUUGUUUCUGCACUUUCUGGGGUUCUCUGUUUUUGCUCAGCCGGCCGCCGGUGGUGCUGGUGAUGGGUCAGUCAUGAAUCUCUUGAAGAAUAGUGUUGGAGCUCCGAGUUCUCUUGGAUGGACUGGUUCGGAUUACUGUCAAUGGAACCAUGUCAAAUGUGAUUCUCAGAGCCGAGUUGUUAAAAUCCAAAUUGGGAAUCAAAACCUCAAAGGAUCACUUCCGAAGGAGCUUUUCAGUCUCUCCGCGUUAGUGCAAUUAGAGGUACAGAGCAACCAGUUGGGUGGGCCCUUCCCUAACCUCGCCGAUUCUCUUCAGAUACUUCUAGCGCAUGAUAAUCUUUUUACUUCCAUGCCUGCUGAUUUCUUCGCCAAGAAGUCGGCUCUGCAAACCAUAGAUAUCGACAACAAUCCCUUCUCGGCGUGGCAGAUUCCUGAUAAUAUUCGAGAUGCAUCUGCGUUACAGCAAUUAUCGGCCAAUCGUGUCAACAUCACCGGUAUAAUCCCUGGAAUUUUCGAUGGCGCAACGUUUCCGACUCUUACGAACUUGCAUUUGGCGGGUAAUUUUCUUGAAGGGGAAUUACCAGCAAGUCUUGCAGGUUCUUCGAUUCAGUCGCUUUGGUUGAAUGGACAACAGAGUAGUUCUAAGUUAAACGGUUCAAUCGCCAUAUUGCAAAAUAUGACUAAUCUGCAGGAGGUUUGGUUGCAUAUGAACCAGUUUUCAGGUCCUUUGCCGGAUUUCUCCAAUCUUCAGGGAUUAGCGAAAUUGAGUUUGAGGGAUAAUCAGCUUACGGGUAUUGUUCCUUCAUCCUUGGUAAAUUUGAAAUCUCUCAUGGUUGUGAAUUUGACCAAUAAUUUGCUUCAAGGACCAACUCCUGCUUUUGAUCCUAAUGUUCAGCUGGAUAUGAAACCACAAACGAACAAGUUUUGCUUGGAUUCUCCGGGUGAACCAUGUGAUCCCCGAGUGAAUGCUUUGUUAUCAGUUGCAGAGUCCAUGGGUUUUCCCACAGCCUUUGCACAAGGCUGGGCAGGGAACGAUCCCUGUCAGGGUUUCAAGGGUAUUUCAUGUAUUGGCAACCCUACAAACAUAAGUGUAAUUAACUUAAAAAAUAUGGGUCUUGCAGGCUCUAUUUCUCCUAGCUUUUCAUUGCUUACAUCCGUGCAAAAGUUGUUUCUCUCUAACAAUUUUCUAUCUGGCACAAUACCGAAUGAACUUGCGACUAUGCCUAGUCUUACAGAAUUAGAUGUCUCCAAUAACAGGCUUCAUGGGAAAGUUCCAGUCUUCAGGAAGAAUGUGAUUGUCAACACCCAGGGGAACCCGGAUAUUGGGAAAGAUAAUGCCAGUCCUCCCGUACCUGGUUCUCCCACCGGGAGAUCGCCCUCUGAUGGAUCAGGUGACUCAGCUGGUAAUGAUGAAAAGAAAAGUAAUGCUGGAGUGGUUGUUGGCGCUAUAAUUGGUGUUAUUGUUGGCCUUCUUGUUGUUGGGACUGUGAUUUUCUUUUUGUGCAAGAGGAAGAAGCGACGUGGUAAUAGAGUGCAGAGUCCAAAUACUGUGGUGGUACAUCCUAGCCAUUCUGGAGACCAAAAUUCGGUGAAGAUUACGAUUACAGAGGCUAGAUCCGAUGGAAGUGCGCCCGAAACCAGCAGAGUUCCUAUUGCUGGACCUAGUGACGUGCAUGUAGUAGAGGCAGGAAACCUUGUUAUCUCGAUUCAAGUUUUAAGGAGUGUAACUAAUAAUUUUAGCCCUGAAAAUAUAUUGGGGAAAGGGGGUUUUGGAACUGUUUACAAGGGAGAAUUGCACGAUGGUACGAUGAUUGCUGUGAAGAGAAUGGAGUCUGGAGUCAUAGGUGAGAAGGGUUUGAAUGAAUUCAAGGCUGAGAUUGCAGUUCUUACAAAGGUUCGCCAUAGAAACUUGGUUGCGCUUCUUGGGUAUUGCUUGGAUGGAAAUGAGCGGCUUCUCGUUUAUGAAUACAUGCCCCAGGGGACGUUUAGUAGGUUUCUGUUUAACUGGAAAGAAGAAGGUAUUAGACCCCUUGAAUGGAAAAGAAGGUUGAUUGUUGUCUUGGAUGUGGCCAGAGGUGUUGAGUAUUUGCAUAGUUUAGCACAUCAGAGCUUUAUCCAUCGUGAUCUCAAACCAUCAAACAUUCUUCUCGGAGAUGAUUUACGGGCUAAAGUAGCUGACUUUGGGUUGGUUCGUCUUGCUCCUGAAGGGAAGGCAUCGAUUGAAACAAGACUAGCGGGAACAUUUGGCUAUCUUGCCCCUGAAUAUGCAGUAACUGGACGAGUUACAACCAAGGUCGAUGUUUAUAGCUUUGGGGUGAUCCUCAUGGAGAUGAUAUCUGGUAGAAAAGCAAUCGACGAGAGCCAGCCAGAAGAAAGUUUGCACCUUGUAUCAUGGUUCCGCAGAAUGCACAUUAACAAGGACACUUUCUCAAAGGCCAUAGACCCUUCAAUCGACAUAGACGAGGAGACCCUUGUCAGCAUCAACACAGUUGCAGACUUGGCUGGUCAUUGCUGUGCAAGAGAGCCAUACCAACGGCCCGACAUGGGUCAUGCAGUCAACGUGCUUUCGUCUCUAGUCGAUGUCUGGAAGCCUACAGAACCAGACUCCGAAGAGAAUUUGGGGAUUGAUCUUGAGCUUUCAUUACCACAGGCCCUUAGGAAAUGGCAGGCAUUUGAAGGAAAUAGCAAUGUGGACAUGUCCUCCUCUUCAUCAUCAUUCCUUGCCAGUGGUGACAAUACACAAACCAGCAUACCGAACCGGCCAUCUGGUUUCGCAAAUUCAUUUACCUCUGUUGACGCACGGUGAGUGAUAAGAGGAACUUGAGUUUCUGAUUGCCCUUUAGGUGUUUUAUGAUGUUUAUUCUUUAGCCCCCCUCUAAUCUUUGUUGGUUCUUUUUACUUUUAAUCCCCAAAGUUAAAACCUUUUGUGUAAGGAUUGUGAUAUUUUCUGUCCUUGUGGUUUUGGAUACUUAUGUCAUCCAUCUAUAAAGUUUUAGAGAUAGAAGUUUCUUAAUCUACAUCCACACAAUAUUCUUCUA